AUGAAAGGAACGAAGACUAAUGAGUUCCUUGUCGUGCUCAAGUCAAUAUCGUUAAAGGGCUUCUUCAGACUUUGGGGCACCCUCAUUGGACAGUUUCCACUUGCGUUCCUUCUUUCGGGUCUUAUUCUUUGUUCGUUAUCAUCGGCCAAAAUUAUUUUACCAAACACCUUCAACACCUUCCCAUUACUCUCUAUAAUCUGUAGUAGAAUUGCGGGAUUUUUAAGUUGCAUUUACGGGAUAAUGUGCGGGAUGGAUACACUCCUCGCACGUCACGGUCUCGACUUGAAACCGACCUGUACAGGGAGUUUCUCGGCUCCGAGGCCUUGCCUUUCUCUUGAACGAGAUGCCAUUGAUGCAACUUAUUCAAUUACAGGAGACCCUGCGAUGACCACCGUCCUGAUGUUGGCCAAGGAUAACGGUUCCAUGCACAGGCUCGACUACUUACAGGUAUAG